AUGUUUGCAGGAUUUGUCGUAUUGCCAACGGAUCAAUCCGACUCGCGGAAGACUGAGCACGUUGCUCUCAAGAUACCAUGUCGGCAUUCUUCUUCCAUCGUCACAGAAUCCAAUGACCAUCGCCCCAUUGACAACCCAUUGGAAAUACGAGAUGCUCUCAGGAACAACGAUGAAGAAAAAACAUUCGUAAAGCAAAUGGAUUAUUUGCUAACUGUUCCAUUGCAUAAUGCCAUACGACCAAAUGGCCUCGGAAGUGUAUCAAACUCCACUUGUUCGACGCCGUUUGCAGAACAGACACCUACAUUAUUGAUAGUACCGGAGAGCCCAACUACCAGGUUGCGAGGCCAGAAGGACUCACAUAGAGCUUCAGGUCUCUAUCACGAAAUUGUUUUGAAGACAAUAACGUCAACCGAUCAAAAAUCCUGCGUGUGA